AACCUGUUUGCAAUGGGUGCAUGAUACAUGAUAUAUGACAUACCAUCGAGCUGGGUAUGUACUUUGUAGUUUGUACUAUGCAUUAUGCAUACUGGUUUGUUUAAGUAGGGCAACAAUGCCAAUUGCCAUGCACCUGGAAGCUGCUUUGUAUGUACGUUGUCCCUGUUGAUAAGUCAAUAAAACAUCCAUAGUUAAAUUACGACGGAUGCGGUAUACCAAUUUAUUUAGUCAGGUUUUAAACUCCGUGGAGCCAUGGGCCUUUCUCAUGCAUACGGCUAUUCCACCUGCCUAAUAAAUCUUUUCAUCAAUAGUUGCCCCAACCGCAUGAACAUUGAAUUCAAUUCUAUCGAGUCGGCUGACGGUCCGCCCCGGUCGGUGGUCGGCGGCAGGCCUGCUGGCAGACCGCACCGGUAGGAUCCGCGAGCUGUACAUCGGCUGUCUGGUGGUGCACUGCCUGCUGCACCACAUGCUCUUCUACAUCCCGGCCAGCCCUCACACCACGCCGGAGGCGCUGGCCGCCUCGAGCAACGGCAGCCGGCUGGAGUGUGCCGACUGGCCGCCGCCGCCCUGCGGCAACCUGACGCGCACGCUGCACUGCACCCUGGUGUGCGACGCAGCCGACACGACGGGCGGCGCCGGCCUGCUGCUCUGCCCGGCCGACGGGCCGUGCCGCGAGGCCACGCCCACGGCCGUGCUGCAGCUGCCGCUGGGCUCGGACGGCUGCCAGCUGCCGGCGUCGCUGGUCGACGGCGACGUGCAGCUGCAGCUGCACCACGGCGAGUUCAGCUGCCCGUCGAGCUGCUGGCUGGACUGCGCGCCGGCCAGCGGGCUGCCAGUCUCGAACCGGACCACGUUCUGGAUCUACUUCUGGCUGCGACUGGCGGCCACGUUCUUCCUGAAGCCGACGUUCACGCUGCUGGACGCCACCAACCUGGCGCUGGUCAAGAGGCACAAGGAGCCGGGCCAGAACUUUGGCCGGCAGCGGGUCACCGCCAUCCUGGCCACCGUCAUCAUGCCGCCGCUGGCCGGACUGCUCAUCGACGUCUUCAGUGGUGACGGUCCGACCAAUUAUAGCCCAGCCUUCUUUGUGACGGACGUGUGCGGAUUGAUUGCUCUGAUCACUGUGUUCGCCUCCCGGUUACGCGUCGCACUGCCGGAGAAACCGCAUUUCCAACAUCUGGCGCAGAUUUUCAAACGCCCUGAAACGGUGGUUUUUCUGUUUGUCGUCUUAUUUCUGGGCGUCAUGUGGGGAUUUUUGGAAAGUUUUCUUUUCAUCUUCCUCAAAGAGCUCAACGCACCAACCUAUAUGCUUGGCCUGACGAUGACUGUGGCCGGCCUGGCCUCGAUGCCGUUCAACUGGUGGUCUGACGCCAUCACCAGGAAGAUCGGCCACGUCAACGUGCUCAUCAUGGCCUUCUUCGGCUACGCGGUCCGCUACGUCGGCUACUCGCUCAUCAAGGUGCCCUGGCUGUGUUUUCCGUUCGAGCUGCUGGAGGUGGUCACUGUGCACCUGAUGUGGAACAGCGCUGCCACCUACACGGCGCAGCUAGCGCCUCCCGGCCUGCUCGCCACGAUGACCGGACUCUCGGGGAUGCUACACUACAAUGCCGGCCAUGGUUUGGGCAGCUUCGUGGGCGGCUAUCUGAUGGCUUCCUACGGCAUGGAGUUCACCUACCGCGUCAUCGGGGUUGCCAGCGGCGUUGCCGGCAUCCUCUACGCGGUCGUCUACUACUGCUGCCUGCACGGACACAUCAAACGCCGCGAGAAGGCCGAGGGAGCAGCGGUAGAGGAGACGCUUCCCACGGGCACUAGCACUGCCACACUCACUACAAUCGUUCAAAGUGAGGACGGAGCCCGUGUCGAAUCCACCAAACUCUAGGUGGAUCUGGGUGGAUCUGUGAAUUGCGUGUGGGGGCGAUGAACCGCGCUGAGAAUGGUUCAGUUGAUGUUAAGAUAUCAAUGGAAUUACUAACCGAAGGGGCUCUAUUUAUCAAUAGGUAGUUGAUUUAGAUGUUCAAUUUAUUGUUUUGGGCAGUGUUAUGUAUAUGUUUGAGUUUUAUCCUUAGAUGUCUCGAAUAGAAAUGCUGACCAUUAUGUAGAAUUGUAUAGGUACUGUAUUAGCCCGCGCACCGACGGGGGU